ACGUAGGACAAGACAGGAAGCAUCUAAUUUUUACAAUGAGGUUCAGUUCAGCGAGCAGAGAGAAGUUCAGGAGCACGUGAGGGGGAGAAGAGUGGAGAAAAGAGGAGCAGAAAGGAGAAAAUAAGACAGGAGUCAGUUCUCUUUAAUGAUUUUAAAGUUUAUAGCAGGGAGAAGUAAAGGAGAGAUACACAGAGCGAGUGAGAGAGAGGGGGGGAGAGGGGGCACAGGGACAGGGACAGGGACAGGGGAGUGAAGGCCAGAUGUGCGCUUCUGGCGCGGAUAAAACCUCAGAGGAAACCCGGUGAUGGCGCAGGACGGUGAUGUGCAGUACGAGCGGGUGGCAGAGAUCGGGGGCGGAGCUUACGGGACGGUGUAUAAGGCCAGAGAUACGGAGAGCGGCAAGUUCGUGGCUCUGAAGAGCGUCAGGGUUCACACUGAUCACGAGGGACUUCCCCUGUCCACUGUCCGAGAGGUGGCUGUGCUCCGACGCCUCGAACAGUUCGACCAUCCCAACAUCGUCAAGCUGAUGGAUGUGUGUGCGAGUUUGAGGACGGAGCAGGAGACGAAGGUGACGUUGGUGUUUGAACACGUGGAUCAGGAUUUGAAGACAUAUCUUGAGAAAGCUCCGCCCCCUGGCCUGCCCACUCAUCGUGUCAGGGAUCUGAUGCACCAGUUGCUGUGUGGUUUGUCGUUCCUUCACUCUCACCUGGUUCUCCAUCGGGACCUGAAGCCGGAGAACAUCCUGGUGACGAGUCGUGGUCAGGUCAAACUCGCCGACUUUGGACUGGCUCGGAUAUACAGCUGUACCAUGGCUUUAACACCCGUGGUGGUGACAUUGUGGUACCGUUCUCCGGAGGUUCUGCUCGGUUCCAGUUACGGUACACCGGUGGAUUUGUGGAGUACCGGAUGCAUCUUUGCUGAGAUGUUCAUGCGGAAACCGCUGUUUUGUGGAGAAUCAGAAGCGGAUCAGCUAACCAAGAUCUUCUCUGUGAUUGGUCUGCCAAGUCAGGAGGAGUGGCCUAAUGAUGUCACACUUUCACGAGAAAACUUCAGCCCUCACAAUCCUCAACCAAUCACAGACCAUGUUCCGGAGUUAACCAAUGAGGGGGCGGACCUGCUUAUGAAACUGUUGACCUUUGACCCCCUGAGGCGGAUCUCAGCCCUGAGUGCUCUGGAACACGCCUUUUGCUGACCAAUCAGAAAACGCCUGAAUGCAGAAGCUUCUCCUGUGGUUUCUGGAAUAUUGAUUUCAUUCUUCUGCUGAUUUUCAUCAUCACGUGUAAUCGCAUAGACCAACACCUGACCUUUGACCUGCAGGGUGUGUAGCAUCACAUCCAGCAUCGCUCACGUCUUACUGUCGUUCUCUUUAUUUACUAACAUGCAUCACCAAACUGACCACGCUGUGUACACACCUCACACACACACACACACACACACACACACACACACACACACACUACUCACAGUGUAAAGAUGUGAUCAGAUGUAGGGCUUUUAAAUUUAUUUUAUUUCAGGUCAUUUCUAGUUUUAUAGCAGUUUUAUAACCAGCAGGAAAUAAAAACAACUUUAUAAUAAACUCUGUAGCGAUGAGGACCAGCUUUUGAAUUUAUAUUAAAUACAUCUAUUAUAAAUUAAAUAUACCUAUUAUUAUAAUUCUGAUUAUUAAAAAAAGCUGUGUGUGUGUGCGUGUGUGCGUGCGUGUGCGUGCGUGUGCGUGCGUGUGUGUGUGUGUGUGUGAGAAAGAGAGAUAUGUUUUAUUAAUAUGGCGUUGAUGAUGUCUGAGACACUUCCUCUUCUUGGCCAUCGUCAGUGUUACUACUUUAACACACAAGUAGGAAAGGAGUUAAUGUGAGGAUACUGCACACACACACACACACACACACACACACACAGAGUUCUCCUGUCUGUUAUUAACCUCAAUGUGUUGGUGUUCUCAGUGUUUAGAUCUUGUGUGUGUGUGUGUGUGUGUGUGUGUGUGUGUAUAGACGUUAUGAACAGUGAAUGUUGAUCUUUUUUGUCAAUAAACCGUUACUUUUUUCAGAUUA